GUUAUUUUCAAUCAGUUCAAGCAAGCUCAUACAACUUUUCGAAGAGUCGGAGUGGCAAGACUUCAUAUAUGUUAUUUGUAGUUUUCUAAAAUAGUUUGAAAAAACAAAUGUUUAUCAUAGUUUAAACUAUAUUGAAUUAUCAGGACGACAUCGCCUAUAACUCUUCAAGAUGGAAAUUCACACUAGGAGGAAUCGCGUGAUACAAGAGCAAGAAAAUAAAUAUGGCGUCAAAGGAAAAAUUAAUGCGAUACCCAAAGUCCAAGGUACUACGGUUAGAGGAGCUUUAGGCGAACUAGCUACUAAUAUACAACCGCAACGAGAUGUAUGUGUUGGAAAAGUUGCAUUUUCUGCUGCAGAAUUUGAGAAAAAAUCAUUGAAAUGUAAUACUAGGAGUAAUUAUAGCCACGUACAGUCUAAAAUUGACACGGGACUAGCCUGUAAGAAUAUCAUUCAACCAUCAUCAAGACCACCGCUGAGACGCGAGGAAAGCACUGGAGGAUUAGCUACACGGGCUGCGCUACAGACUAAGGCGGCAGCAAAACUUGCAGUAAAGAAGCCAAGUGAAACCAAGGAGCCUAAUUUUGUAGUCUUGAAUGAUAAGAAAUUAAAUAAAGAAGUGAAAAAGACCAAGCUUAAAGUUAUCAAAGAAAUAUCAAAGGAGCAUAAUUUAAAACCAAUAUUAAAAGAUUCUACUGAGUCACUUGGGAAAUUGAAACUAGCUGAAAGCUCUGAUAAUAAAGUAAGCAAGACAACUGAAAUAUAUAUAGACUCCUUGGUUAAGUCACCACCACCAUUGCCGGAUGAUAUUGAAGAUAUUGAUGCUGGUGACAACAACCCUCUGCUUGUAUCUGUGUAUAUUAAAGACAUUUAUAGAUAUUUAACUGAACUGGAAUGCAAGUAUCCCGUUGAAGAGAAUCACUUGAAAAAUCAGAAUGUGAUAACAGGUAACAUGAGGGCUACUCUCAUAGAUUGGUUGGUAGAACUUCAGUGCCAGUUCACAUUGAUCCUUGAGACUUUCCAUCUAACUGUUGGAAUUAUUGACCAUUAUUUACAGGUUGUGCCUAAUGUACCCAAAGAGAAAUUGCAACUUAUUGGUGUGACGGCGAUGUUCAUAGCCAGCAAGUAUGAAGAGAUCUAUGCCCCUGAUGUCAGCGACUUUGUCUUUGUAACAGACUACACUUACAGCAAGAGUGAUAUUCUUAGAUGUGAGAAGGAGAUUCUACAGAAGUUAGGAUUCUGUCUUGCUUGGCCGAUUCCAUUAAACUUUUUGAGAAGGUUUGUUAAAGUGGCCCAUGGUACAUCUAAAAAUCAUCAUUUGGCAAAAUAUUUUGUGGAUCUCUGUCUAGUAGAUUACUCCAUGGCGCAUUAUAGACCUUCAGAAUUAUCUGCAGCUGCUAUCUGCUUAUCCUUAUAUAUUCUUUCCAAUGAGAGGCUUAAGGAUGUGUGGACCCCUACGCUGUCAUACUAUUCAGGAUACACAUUAGAUCACAUCGAACCGAUUAUUAGGAAAAUAGCAAAAAUAGUGACAAAUACUGAAAGAUCUAAAUUUAAAGCAGUUUACAACAAAUAUAUGGAUGUAACAUUAGCAAAAGUAUCCUGUCUUCCACAGUUAAAAAGCGAGCCUAUGUAUGAACUUGCUCAAAGAGCGUCAAGUUAAUGUCUCAACUAGAUUAAUUAAUGACCUAGAAUUAAUAUGUAUUAUUAAUUUUUACAAGUGUGUUGUAUAAAUAUUGACUGAGUUUUUGGAUAAGGUUUUUAGGUACCUGCUUGUAUGUUUGUUAGGGUGUAUUUUUAAUUUUAGAAACAAUUGUAUGGUCAAGAUGAUUUCAACCUAGUUAUAUUUUAUUUAUAUUGCGUAUACCAAAUGCAACUUAAGAAUGUAGGCACGUGUCUAAAUUUAAACUAAAUGAGGAAAGUUGAAGUUGCAAGUAUGUACUGAAUAUUUUUGACAUUAAAGUUAAUUCCAAGUAUUAAUUUUUGACAUGUACAUUGGAGGUUUACUAAAUCUCAAUUUUAUUGGUGUCUUCAUUGAUGUUUUCUUUUUCUCUCUGUCUUAAAAUCUGGUAGAUUUCUUUUAAUAUAUAUAAUUGUGUAUGUACUGGAGUAGCGUUUGUGUCGACUUUACUGUUGUUAUUAAUUCUAAAUAUUGGCUUUUUAUCUAGUGUAAUUUACGUCAAUUAAAUAUUAAUGCUAUUUCAAAUACGAAAGAUUUAUAAUAAAUCUUGUUGUUAGUUUUAGCGAAGUUCGGUCCGAAUCUUAACCAGCAUUUAAUUUAUAAUGUUUUUGAGUUCUGUGACUUGAUAUAUUUUGACUUGAUGUAAUGUAAUUUGAUAUACCUGUGAUUAGAAUAAUUAUUAAGAUUUGUUGAAAUAAAUUACUAUAUUAUAAUAAAAA